AUGAUUAAGUAGAAGCUGCUUAGCAAGCUAACAUACACAGAAGCUGGAGUCAUUUUUAGAAAAGAACUUGAGUAAAGUCAAAUAUCAAUUACUGAUCGCUAUGAAGAUGAAUAAGCUAAGUAAGAAACAAUCUUAAGCAAACAAAAGUUUAUCCCUUAAAAUUCACCAGAUACGACUUUAAAUUCACCUAGAAUUUACUUAUAAACUCUUAGGUAGGAAAUCGUAAAUACGAAGGAUGAUUAAAAGCUUGUUGGAAUUUUACUUCCUGAUAUAUAAAAAAGUAAAGUGUUACAAGCUUCAUAAUCGUAAAGUAGCUGUAACAGUCCAAGAAUUUCAUAGUAUAUAUUGAAAAAAGUGAAUAAUGUCAAGAGUGUAGCUAGUGAAGAAGAUAAAUUAAUAAAGAAGUUAGAAUCUUUAAGUUUAAAAUUGUAAAAUAGUUAACUUAAAUCAUAAAGAGGCUAAUUAGAUAAAUCUAACUUAAAUAGUCCUUUAAUGUUAAGCAGCAGUCCUAAAAGUGUUUUUGAAAGACAAUCGAAAUUUUCUUACCACUAUCAAGAAAAUCAGAAUCCUAGGACAAAUAGAAAAAACUUUGAUUUACAAAAUGAUAUGGAAGAUGGAAACAGCUUAACUGCUAGUUUCAAAUAGUAACCAAUAAAUAGAAAUAUUUUUGAUUAAGUAGAAAUAGAUGAUUAAAGCAAGCUUUUCUACUUGAGUUCAAAACUAGAUAAAAUUUAUAAAAAACAUAGUAUUAUUUAAGUUAACUAAGAAGCAAUCAAAAAUAACAUUUCAUCUAAAUAUAUAAAAAUGUCUGAAAUUGCUGCUUUCGAUAAAAACACAUUUGAUUUAAAGAAAUUUAAAAAGGAUGGUGGUGAAAAUUUAUUUGCUAUAUCAAAGGAAUUCAAGGAAGAAGAAGAAAGAAAAAAGUAAAACAUAGCCCAGAUACAUAAACAUAAAUAUAUUAACUUCUGGAAGGGAUAACCUCUUUUGGGAGGCAGUAAAAAUGUUGAUUAACGUUUUAGUAUUCCAAGAUAAACAAGCAAAAAAAAAUUAAAUCUUUCUCCUUUAGAAUAAGCUUAAAUAGAAAAUAUGAAAAUGCUUUUUAACUCUAGGUCAUGA